AAGAUAAUAAGGACAGAUCCAAAUAUUAUUUGAAAAAGCAAAUGUCAACAUAGAGGGUCUUAUAUUUUAAUGAUAUUUGACAUUGCAUCAUUAAGCAUUUGUAAAAACAAUAUUUGUUUUUGCAAGGUUGUUGUUUUUUGCUGAUAUAUCGAGGUCACGAUUCAUGACAUUUUUCAGCAUUUUACAAGAAUUAUAUAUAUUAAAAAGGACAUUGAUCAUUAGGCUUUGACAAAGCAUUUUUAAGACAUAAGAGCACGGACUGGGUUCAGAUGAGAACACAAAGCAUUUGUGUUCGUGUGUAUGCCUUUGAGAUUUUUUUUUUCCAAAUCACACACACAUUAAAUAUAUGGCAAGUUGCAGUCAGCUCAUCAGAAAAAAAGCAGAACUUGCCCAACCCGCUUAAGACUACAUGGACCAUGAUGCAAAGCGAAACGUGGCGUCACUCCUUUCGGCACCGGUCUGCUGCCAGCCUUGCCACAGACAGCUGAGGACUUCCAGACAGGAGAUCCCGGCCUUACACAUUGUCGUAACGUUGCGCUCUGCAGUUUGUUUGUUUUUUUAAAAAAAAAUGGCGAAAACAUACGAUUAUCUGUUCAAGCUGCUGCUGAUCGGAGACAGCGGAGUCGGGAAGACAUGUCUGCUGUUCAGAUUCAGCGAGGACUCCUUCAAUACCACCUUCAUAUCCACAAUAGGAAUAGACUUCAAAAUCAGAACAAUCGAGCUGGAUGGAAAGAGAGUCAAACUUCAAAUUUGGGACACUGCAGGACAGGAGAGGUUUCGCACCAUCACCACAGCUUACUACAGAGGGGCCAUGGGCAUUAUGUUGGUGUAUGACAUCAGCAAUGAGAAGUCCUUCGAAAACAUUAAAAACUGGAUUAGAAAUAUUGAAGAGCAUGCCUCAUCUGAUGUGGAGAAGAUGAUCCUGGGCAACAAAUGUGACAUGACUGACAGGAGACAGGUGUCCAAAGACAGAGGUGAAAAGCUGGCAAUUGAUUAUGGAGUCAAGUUCUUGGAAACCAGUGCAAAGUCGAGCUUGAAUGUAGAAGAGGCUUUUUACACUAUGGGAAGAGACAUAUUACACAAUCUGAGCUCAAAGGCAACUGACAACAACAAUGCCGGAGGAUCAGGCAAACCAAUCAAGAUCACAGAGAAAAAGUCGAAGAGGAUAAAAUUCUUAAAGUGCUCGCUUCUCUAGGCGGCUCACCCCUCUACAGUGUGCACGGCUCUAGCUUGACUGUUUUGGAGGGUUCCUGCCUCCCGGACGUCCUUGCAGCAGCAGCACAAGUGGUCAAACUCAGAGGGCCUUACACUGCCAGCUGAGGCUCACAGGUUCACGAGUGGUUGAGAUGCCAUCCUAAUCUGCUGUCCCGAGGAGGAUCAAUGAGGAAUGAGGCCUGAUAAUGUAUGUCCGCUCAUGCAAAAGACUUGUACAUGAUCGCCAGCAUUGGUUUGUAGCUGGCGCUGCAGAGUCUGCUCACAGGAGGCAGUGGUUUUGUUGGCACAUAUAUACAUAUACAUAUAUAUAUAUAUAUAUAUCUAUAUAUAUCUAUAUAUAUAUAUAUAUAUAUAUAUAUAUAUAUCUAUAUAUAUCUAUAUAUAUAUAUAUAUAAUACCUCUGUUUGAUCUCAUGAGAAUAUCUAGGUUACACAUAGUUGUCUUACGAUCUGGGAAAAAAAAAAAUGAAAAAAUUCUUUCAUAAAAUGUAGCAUUGUUUUAUACACACUACCUAUUGUCAUAUUUACUACUGCGAUGCUGCCAGAUAGACAUAUCAAGUCUCAGCGUUGAUUGUAUUUGUCUGUGAAUUUCAUGUAUAUUAAGAUGCCUCUGUAGCACUGGCAUCAUCUCUAUUUGUUCAUCUGUGCCUGGAGUGAGUCACAGAACUGUGAUGGAAAGGCAAAAAUAUGUAUGAAUAUAACCCAUUUGUAUUCUUUUUAAUGCAACCUUUAUUUAUACAGGUUUCUGUGUCAAAAUGAAAAAAAAAAUGAAGAAGUUGUUUGUUUCUUGGGAGCCGUACUUACUACAUAAUGUUACGCGAUUGUCAGUAUUUGCAUGAAAGCUGUAGAGAUACCUCGGAGUGGAUCAUCGUUAAGCACAUUUUACAGUAUCUGAAAAGAAAAAAAAAUGUUUACAGAAAGUAUUUGAAAGUGUCAUUCGUGAAGGAAGUUCAUGUUUUUCGCCGUUUACAUUGUGCAUAUGCCAGCACAGCGAGCUGUUGUGUGUAUACUUUAUUUUCACCUUAAACUGUGGACAUCCAACAAGUUCCCUUGACAUCUCCAACAUUAAAACACAAUGACUGGGGAAAGCUGUCAUUUUAAGAUACUGUAUGCUACACCAAUGAAACGAAAAGACAGUAAAGGAAGAAGAUAUUUAAAGA